AUGAAGAAGGCCAUAUUGGACCGUACGAUGCUCUAUCCAGCACUGGUUGUGGUGCUGCUCGGAUCACAAGUCAUCAACGUGAUGAAUGCCCAACGCAGUGUUGAAAGCAUGGAGAACAAGUACUCUUUGAAGAUCCGCAAAUUGGAAGAGCUCACGGAGAGGGUACGCAAGGGAGAACAUGUUGAUGUUGCAGAGGAGAUGAAGCUGGUGAAUAAGACCUUCAGCAGAAGUAAGGCCCAUUUCUCGGUGAUGGGACAACGCGUUGCGUCGGCUUCAAAGGAUCACACGUCUCAGCAGAACGAGGAUGGUGUGUCUGAUCUUGUACAGCUCUUGAACGAGGCCAUGGUGGAGACUUCAACAGUGAAGAGGGAUAUCGAGCAUAAGACUGAAGAAGUGAAAGAGGUUAUACAGAAGGACAUAGAGAAGAUUCAUCAGCAUAUGCAAAAGGAACGUGAACUAAUAGAAUACAAGUUAGAUACAGAUCAACAUCUCCUGGUGGAUACGCCUGGUGAUUACAACAACGCUGCAAAGGAUACAAAAGUGACAAAGUUCUUAUGA